CAGGGCCCGAAAAGCUCCGGCAGUCAUGGCAACUUCGCGGACCACAACAAAACAUUUCUACUUUUUGCAAGCCGAAGACGGCCAGAACAUACCAAUUACCUACGCUAAAGAAGCCGCAACACUGACCACUGAGGAGUGAGAAAACGGUGACAAACCAUAAAUUUGCCAACCGAAUGUCCGACUUGUACGUCUACUGCAAUGGGCGAACGGGUGGCAGUGGCUCGGCCGCCUCAAAGCACCCCCAAUCAGCGAUGGAAUCCAGGGUGAUGACAAAUCGAAACAUGAACUGGCUCAUCCAUGAGCUGUACACCCGAAAGGAUUUUGCUCUAUGCAAGAAGCUCAUCGACAGACAGCUGACGAUAAAUUAUGACAAGGAGUUCUUAUAUUACACGAAGGGACGGAUUCUACGCGACGAGGAUAAACCGGCGGAUGCCAUCAACUGUUUCCAGCAAGCAAUACUGGCGAACAAAAAGAACUCGCAAAACUACAAGGAGCUGGCGAAGACACUCUUUGCAAUGGGUCGCUUCAAGCAAGCGCUGGAGGUAUUUCUCAAAGCGGAAACUUUGCUGGAACGUCCGGAUCACGAAGUGUACCAUCACAUAGGAGAACUUUUCUACCGCAGCUUUGGACAACCCAAGGCGGGGCUGGCCGAAGCCAAGGAGUAUCUGAAGCAAUCCAUCAUGUGCGGAAAACAUGUGGAUAGUUACAAAAUUUUGGCUGAAAUCUACAUCGAAGAGGGGGAUAAUCUGAAGGCGAUCGAGAUGAUUGAAAGUUGUCUUCAAAUUUCCCAGGACGACGUCGCACUGAUGACACAAAUUGGUAUCCUGUACUUGAAAAUAAACGAAUACCAACGGGCGUUUGAGAAACUUUUGGAUGCAAUCAGCAUAGACGAUAAAUGUACAACCGCUUUGCUGGCGUUGGGUUCAAUUCUUCAGUCCAAGAACGAUAUCGACGGCGCGCUGAAUAAGUACAAGAGAAUUUCGAACCUACCGGAUGAAGGUUCGGAAGUUUGGAGCAAUAUUGGACUGUGUUUUUUCAAGAAACAAAAAUACAUAGCGGCAAUAUCGUGUCUGAAAAAGGCGAUUUGGGUCACCCCAUUGAAUUUCAACGCACUCUACAAUUUGGGUCUGAUCCUGGUCACGGCCCAACAAUAUGUCAGUGCUUUUCAAACAUUGGCGGCAGCUAUUAGCCUUAGGCCGGAUAACGCGGAAUGCUACAUGUUACUCGGAACUUGCCUCCGACACCUGAACGACCCGGGCAACGCGUACCUGUCGCUGGAAAAGUCCACCAUGCUGCCGGAUGCCAUCAAAAACCCACUGAUCUACCUUAACUUUGCCUUGUACUGCUACGAAAUUGGCAAACCGGAUCAAUCCGUGUCGUACUUGGCCAACUUUUUGGAAAUGACACAACACAUCAGCGUCCACCGGGAGUACUUGAAGAUGGCAGAUCGGUUGAAUGCUGCCUUGUCAUCGUCGGUCACCGCAGCAGGACCCGGGUUGCUGCCAACAGCACUCCCACCAACAACGGCGGCAAUAGACGCUCAGCAUCGUGUGGCGACCGCGUCCACUUCAAACAACAACGAGGACGAGACCGCCCUCGAGGAUACCGCUACCACUAGUGGCAUACGUAAUGAAGGCUCCAAUGCUGCUACCACCAGCCACGGAAGCCAUGAUGGCAGCGAUGAUGCAGAGGGAGAGGAGACAUUAGAUGAUGAAUCGGAGCAUAACAAAGGCGGAUGAAGAUGGGAAAGCGGUCACUCGGUUGUUGAUGCACCGAUGCAGCAGCAGUGAUGAUUACCAAGCAGUGAGUGACUGACAAUUGAAACUACUUUGAAUUCUGUUUGCGCAUUUACCCACAAAAGAGGACAAGGUUGGUAAGGAAGGGUUGAGAUUAUUAUUAUUAUUAUUAUAGGUCACACUUUAUGAUGAUUAUGUGCUGAAGCGGAAAGUGUAUCUAGAAUGGAAUAAACAGUAAUACAACUUUCUUUGUCGGUGAUGUAACCAAGGAAAAUACUAUUUUCCCG